AUUUCUCUCAAUCGACACGCACACUCGCACACUUCAUUCCUCACAGUCUCUCCCUCGAGCAAAAUAAAAAAAAUGGGUCAGAUUCAGUACUCUGAUAAAUUCUUCGAUGAUACUUACGAGUACAGGCAUGUUGUUCUUCCUCCUGAAGUGGCCAAACUUCUACCAAAGAAUCGCCUCCUCUCUGAAAAUGAAUGGCGUGCUAUCGGGGUACAACAGAGUCGUGGUUGGGUCCAUUAUGCUAUUCAUCGCCCUGAACCUCACAGCAUGCUCUUCAGGAGGCCUCUCUACUAUCAGCAGCAGCAGGAGAAUCAGGCUCAGCAAAAUUUGCUUGCCAAGUAAUGAUAGUAGUGUUUCGUAA